UGUGUUUGUAAUUACGUCUCCCGCUUGACCCAGCUGUCGUGUUUUAAAUACGGCGUCGUUUCGUACGCGGCACGUGACAGUCAGCCAUUGAAGAAAGAGACGAAACAUUGGUUUUCCUCAGCGCCCGCCGUUGCAUUGCUCAAGUGUUGCUAAAGGAUUUAUCAUUUCUUGUUCUGAAAAUCGGAGUCAAACUCUGCUCGUCGUGUUUGUCAUAGCUUCUGUUUGUUUGAAUCAUCGGCAUGGUUCAGCUUAUGAGGUCUGAUACAGAUAAUCAAUGUCUGAAAAAGGUGAAGAUGGAGGUUCAAGAUGAAAUUCCCCCUCUUCACACCCACAAGCGACCCAAAUUGGAAACACCCCCCAAGUGUGAUUCUAGUGAUGAUUCCCUUUCGAUUCCACCAACUUCGUAUAAUCCCUUGGAUGAGCCAAGCCCUUUGGGUUUGCGUCUCAAGAAGAGUCCUUCCCUGUUGGAUUUGAUUCAGAUGAGGCUCUCCCAACAAGAGGAGUCCAAGAAGAAAGAUCACAAGGUUUCUGCUGCCUCUGCUGCGGCGGAUUCUAAACUCAAAGCCUCCAAUUUUCCUGGAACCAUUUUGAAAAUCGGGACCUGGGAGUACAAGUCUAGAUACGAAGGAGACUUGGUGGCGAAGUGUUACUUUGCGAAGCAUAAGCUGGUAUGGGAAGUCCUUGAUGGCUGUCUGAAGAAUAAAAUUGAGAUCCCCUGGUCUGAUAUCAUGGCUCUCAAGGCAAAUUACCCUGAGGAUGGACCAGGCACGCUCGAAGUAGUGCUGGCAAGAAGACCUCUGUUUUUUAGAGAGAUCAAUCCACAGCCAAGGAAGCAUACCUUGUGGCAGGCAACAUCAGAUUUUACUGGUGGACAAGCCAGCCUGAAUAGGAGACAUUUCCUGCAGUGUCCACAAGGAUUGCUAGGCAAGCAUUUUGAGAAGCUCAUUCAGUGUGAUCCACGUCUCAACUGUCUGAGCCAGCAGCCGGAUUUGGUGUUGGAUUCUCCAUAUUUUGAUCCCGGAACAAGUUCAAUUCACGAUCACAUUGAAACAAGUGAUGGUUUUGAUAGAAAAAGCGAGGAGAGAGGUGGGAUUUUUGCACUGCAGGAUGUAGAGUCAGGAUCUGCAGUCCAAUCGUCUUCCUCAAAAAGUGAACCUAAUCUUGGUAAAGCUGUGGAAAAUGUUUCCCAAGAAAUUACCUCACCUAGCCCAGUGAUGAACAUCCAUGCAAUGAAAGAUUUCAGGAGUAGAGGAGCUGAAACUUUGAAGUUUCUUAGUAAUUUGGAUCAGAUCAAAUUGCCUGGACUUCACCCUUCGAUGUCAAUGGACGAUUUGGUAAGCCACAUUGGACAUUGCAUUUCAGAACAGAUGGGAUCUGACAAUCCCAAUUUUGCUGGUGAUGGCCAGUAUAGCAGAUCUAUUCUGGAAGAAUUUACUCAAUACUUGUUCAAUGACUCUCAACAUGCAACUACCUCUGAUGAACAGCGUGUGAUGUCAAGGGUGAACUCACUGUAUUGUCUUCUGCAGAAGGACCCUUCUACAGCAGAAGACGCGAACACAAUGGCCAAAAAUGGCAAUGGUCUGAGAGAUGCAAAUGUGAUGUCAAGGGUGAACUCACUAUACUCCCUUCUGCAGUGUGCAGAGGACACAAUGACCAGAAAUGGUAAUGGUCCGAGGGAUGCAGACGUGCUGUCUAGGGUGAACUCACUGUACUGUCUCCUGCAGAAGGAUACUGCUGCAGCAGAAGACUCAAACACAAUGACCAGAAAUGCCAAUGGUCUUGAUGCAGAUGACAGUGGAAAAGUUGGUGUGAGCAACUCCAACUCCACCCAAUUGUCCCCAGGCAAAACUAAAGUGGCUGAUUUGGAAAGUCAACCUGAUGAUGCUUCUUGCAAGCAGGGGGGGACUGGCAUGUCCAGAAAGGAAUCAUCUGGCGAUUUGCUUCUCAAUCUUCCAAGGAUCGCAUCUCUGCCUCAGUUUUUGUUUCACAUGUCUGAGGAUUCUGUUCAUAAAGUUAGAUAAUUACCAUCUACCUGAACUUGCUAGUUGCAAGAAACCCAAAAGCUAUAUUAUCUAUAUAGUUUUCAACCGUGUGAAUAUUGUAUCUGCAGUUUUUUGCAUGGAUUCAGAAAUUUACAUUGAUGAUGAAUCCUGACA